AUGAAUAUUGUUGGCUUUUUCUCCCAGAUCGAUUGAAACCUCAAAAUUCGUUGUACAACGAUUUGCGAAAGGGAGUCCUCCCAGAUCGAACCGUGGCUUCCUCAGCUUCUCCAAGCUUGACGCGAAGAAAACCCACCUCUUCUUCGUCUUCCACAGAGCCGGGUCGGGUGGUGGGAAGAAUCACUAUACCCAGCCGGGCUUCGGAGCCUCAGUUCCCCUUUUGGCAGCAGACCUGGUUCAUUGCCUUGCUCUUGGCCAUGGCCAUGGGCUUUCUCUGCCUAGCUGUCUUCCUCUUCCUCGGCCUCGAUCUCGACACUGGCUACGCCGCUUCCACCCCCACCGCUGAGGGCGUCGAGAUCACAUACGGAAGUGUACUGAAGCUUAUGCACGAGAAGACCAAGUAUCGGCUGCACUCCCACGACGUGCCGUAUGGCUCUGGCAGUGGCCAGCAGUCUGUCACUGGCUUUCCGAAUGUCGACGAUGCUAACAGCUACUGGGUUGUUGGACCUCAGCUCGAAACAUCUGCCAGGCAAGGUGACAGCAUUCCGAGCGGGGCGAUCAUCAGGUUGCAGCAUAUGAAGACUAGGAAAUGGCUGCAUAGCCAUUUACAUGCUUCCCCCAUAUCUGGCAACCAAGAGGUGAGCUGCUUUGGGGGUGAAAAUGAAUCCGAUACUGGUGAUCACUGGAGGGUUAUGAUUGAAGGGAGUGGGAAGACCUGGAAGCAGGAUCAAAGAGUUCGACUCCAGCAUAUUGACACCGGUGUUUACCUACACAGUCAUGACAAGAAAUACCAACGCAUAGCUGGGGGACAGCAGGAGGUUUGUGGUGUGAGAGACAAACGUGCCGACAAUGUUUGGCUGGCAGCAGAAGGUGUAUACCUUCCAGUCACUGAAACUAAGUAGAGAUUGUUAAUUUUAGAAAGGAUCACUCUUAUAAACAAGGUUACGAGAUUUGAAUUUUUUGUUGGCUGCGCAUAAUUGUUGUAGUAGAUGUUUUAAGAAUACAAUGUUAUCUAGUACUGUUAUUAAUGCUGUUAGAAUCUUUUCUCUGGUAGAGAACAAUGUUUAAGUAAUAAGCUUUACCUGUGUCAUAGAAUCCAAAUUAGAUAAUGGAAGCUGCAAUUAGAGCAUGA